UGUAUAUAUAUGUAUAUAUAUGUAUGUAUAUAUAUAUAUAUAUGUAUGUGAAAAAAAAUUCAACCAACAAUCAUUUUGGAAAAUCAUAAUCGUUCGAAUUGCCAAAGAAAAACGUACAAAUGUCAGAGAUUCGUAGAUCGGUUGUUCGAGUUCGUCAACUCUCAUUACAACCACCCACGCCGCGAAGAUUGCAAUUGAGACGACAAAAAACGUCGGACGACGAGCAAUCUUCAAAGAUUCACAAUGAUCCUAUUGGAUCUGAUAGAAGUCGAGUUAAUUCGAGAUCAGGAUCUUCGAAACCGAAGGUACGCAUAGCUUGGAGCGAACGACACCGUGAAAAUAACAGCAUCGAGCAAGUAGAAGUCGUUGCACGUCAAAUCACUGGUAAGUCAAAGUCAACCACGAAAAAAUCUCGAAACAGGAAUAUAAUUGAAAACGGAGAAAAGGCUUCGAUACUUUAUUCGAGGCAAGAGCUUACAGAAAGAUUAAGACUUGCCUGGAAACAUCGCGAAGAAAAUAAAACCAAUAUCGAUAUAUAUUUGGCGCAUGGUGUACGCGAGGAACGAUGCAAUUCUGAAUCAUCGAAUUAUCCUGCCAUAUCGGAACCGCAAACACCACCACCACCACCACCAGUCUCCAAAAAUGAAAUACUUCGAUCAUCAGAAAAUGAUAGACAUCCUAUUACUGAUAGCAAGCAUUUGGAUAAUUCUUACGGCGAUGAUACGUGUGAAAUUCAAACGACCAAGCGUACGGAUUCUUUUGAAAGUAGAACGGACUUAGACAAGGACAUUAAGGAAACAAAAAGACCUAAAAAGACGAAGGUUAUCGAGAACAAUUUAAAAGUUGUUGAAACUUCUUCGGUUAAACUUCAAAACGAUGUUUGCUAUUCUGAGCCAAUCGAGAGGAUUAAGUAUGUAGAAAGUACCACUAACGAGACAUUAAAAGGAACAAUCGAGGUUUCAGUCGAUCAAUCCAAUAAAAAUGAAAAAAGUGUGUCGAUCGAGGCAGAGGAUAACAUCAAAUUACCAACGUUAAAGUCCGAAAUUACAGCAUUAAACGUCUCCAAAUCUCAAAACGAAGCAACCUCGGCGAAACAGAAACGCGCUAAUUUUCGAAACGGUACGAAUCGAGCAUUUCUAUACACGGAAACUGAUAAGACUGUUGUAUCAAAAAUGUCGACCGCCGAUACCGAUGUUCAAAGAAGUUCUUUGUGUAAAAGAACGACGGAAAUGAAACAAAUUGAAGCAAAAAAUGUGAUUAAAAACGUAAACGAUCAAAAGCUUAAUCGAAAGUCAAGAAGUAGCUCGGCACCGUUGCAAGGAAGAAAUUCAUCUCGUAUUCAAGUAAAUAUCGUUAUAGAUACGAACUGUGAUUCUAAAAAUACAAUUCAAAAAAAUUCCAACGAAAUUAACGACAAAGGAAAAGUUAACGAGGAAGGUGUUCUUGAUAAAAAAAAAGAUAUUCUGUUGAAGCCGUCAUACGUUCGUCCAAUAAAAUCAGCUCCGUUAAAAAAGCGUCUUAAAAGUAUAAAAAAACGACAACACAGCUUAGGAUCCGCUUGCAAAGAUGAACAAUGCAAUAAUGGCUUACGAGGUCGAUGUGGAUUAUCUAUGAAAGAUUGCGAUGGGAAAUCGAACGACGUCAUUACCAUGGUUUCUUUGGUUAGUUCUACCGAAAGCGAUAGCGAUCUGGAAAAUUCACCGAACGAAGCUAAAUUGAUCGAUCAGUUGCGAGAAAAAUUAUCUACAACGCCCAUCAUAAAAACCUCGACAACACCGAUCCCAGGAAAUAUUAGGAAAUCUGUAAAAUCAGUUUCCUUUCAAAGAGAUUCUUUCGACGAGGAUUGCACUCUGGAAAAAACGCAAUUUGAUUGUAUAAAAACAAAAGCUACGAUAUCUCAAAAUCAUUUCAUAAAAGAUUCCAAAGAAUUAUCGGGAGAAUACGGAACGAGCAAAGAAUCGAUUCAUUGGAAAUCGAACGAAAUCAAAACGGCUUUUCCCAUGCUUUCGUUUAUCCAAGAUGAAAGCGAAUCUUUAUGCGUUCCUUUAAUGGACCAUGACAUGCGAAGUCUAGCCGUGCCAAUCGGAAAUGUGGAUGAUAUGAAAAAGAAGUCACAUAGAAUACGUAAUACUUCAACAGUAUCUGUCCUUGAUAAAAAAGCAACGAUGAUAGAGAUGAAAAAAGAUAACGAAAUAAUAACAACUGACGAUCAAUUAGUUACACGUCGAUCAACGAUUUCUAAUAAAUUUUUACUUUCAAAUGUCAAUCCUAACACCACGGAGAUUUCUUUGAAAGAAAAGAAUUCAGAUGCAAUAUCGAUAGAAACGGAGCCACGAUUUCAAACACGCAAAGAAAAAGAUUGUUGGCAUCUUUAUAAACGAAUGUGCGACAAAGGAGUCAACGUUUCGUUCGACACGGUUUUAAGAGGAAUGCUCACACCCACGGAAUAUCGAUUACGACAGAAAGAAUGUUCGGAGAAUUUUUAAAGAGCAUUUUUAAAAUGUCCCCCCCCCUCAGCCCCCUUUGCUUGUUUAGCACUUGUUACAUCCAUCUGUGAAUAUUUAUUUAGCGUCUUAUUGUUAGUAUUGCGAAUUAUUAUUGGGUGGUAUUGAUUAUCUCGUAUACGUCGCGAGAAACACAAAAAUCUCUCCUAUCUUCAAAACCUACGACAGUUUAUAUUGAAUAAUAUAUAACUGUUGGUAUGAUUAUU